AUGACCUCAAUUGUUCCUCAAGUCCUAUGGGCCCAGCGCUCAAACGCCUCGGACCCCGAGAAAAACCUGGUGUACCUAACAGUCAACGCGGCCGACGUGCCGACGCCCAAGAUCGAGCUGACGCCGACGAAGCUGUCGUACGCCGGGACCGACGCCUCGGGCAAGAACUACGCGAUCGAGAUCGAGUUCUUUGACGAGAUCGAUGUGGAAAACAGCAAAUACCACUCCACCAACCGCGACUCGUUCUUCUUGCUGCGGAAAAAGGAGGCGCGCGAGGAGUUUUGGCCGCGGUUGUUGAAGGAUAAGAAGAAAGUGCAUUGGUUGAAGACUGACUUUGAUAAGUGGGUUGAUGAGGACGAGCAAGAAGCCGCGCCGACUGACGACCCAUCGCAAUACGGCGGUGGCCUUGACUUUUCCUCGCUCGGCAACGAUCUCGGAUCGGCUCUCGGCGGCGCAGGCGGUAUGGGCGGAAUGCCUGGAAUGGGUGGUAUGGGCGGCAUGCCCGGUAUGGGCGGUCUGGGCGGUAUGAUGGGCGGUAUGGGCGGUAUGCCAGACAUGUCGAACCUCGGCGGUGGAUUUGGCGAUGACUCUGAUGAUGAUGAUAUCCCGGAUGGAGAUGACGCGCCUCAUGCUGAGCCUGAGAGUGAGGAGGCAAAGUAG